AAUCCCCCCUCCUUCCAGCAUACCUGGAUGCAGGUUAGGCAGGUGAAGCGUCUCCCCGGAAACGGAGCUAGAGCGCCCCACCUGCUGGGUCCUGCCUGCUCAAAUCGGAUCCAGCACAGCCAGACUUCUCAUAAGGGCUCUAAGACGAGAACUGGGGCUUCCCUGUCCCACUCAAGCCCCUCCUGGACUAGCAGCUGGCACCUACAGGAUCUGUCUCUCCUGCUGCAGGAAGCCCGGCUCCUGGCCGGCAGCGCUAGCUUUAUUUUUACCUGGUGACCCAGCAGUGACAGCUGAGGCCAUGUGAGUCUGAUCCUGAAUGAGGCUUUAUCCGACUGUCCUCCGUCCAGUCAUCCACUGUGGCACCAGCUCCCUCGGACAGCCUGGAUGACAGAGACGGCCAGCACUAGAGAGGUGAUGGUAGCCAUAUUCUGGACAGAGAGGAGGAGACUGCGCCUCUAGCUGCCAACCAGGUGAUGGGGACACCCGGCCAUGAUAGACACCCUAUGAGCCCUGACAUUCAUCUUCUAACCUGACCCUGCCUGACCAAGCCAUGUCCCAAGAAGCCUCAGUGGCCAGGGGGCUGCCCCCAGAUGUGCUGGCAGAGCAGGUGGAACUAUGGUGGUCCCAGCAGCCCCGGCGCUCGUUGCUCUGUUUCUCCGUGGCCGUGGGCCUUGUGGCAGGCUGUGGGGCAGGUGGUGUGGCGCUGCUGUCCUCCACCAGCAGCCGCUCUGGUGAAUGGCGACUAGCCGUGGGCACUGUGCUCUGCCUGCUGGCCCUGAUGGUUCUGGUGAAGCAGCUGAUGAGCUCUGCCGUGCAGGAUAUGAACUGCUUACGCCAGGCCCAGCACGUGGCCUUGCUGCGCAGUGGUGGAGGGGCCGACGCCGUCGUAGUGCUGCUCAGUGGCUUUGUGCUGCUGGUCACUGGCCUGACCCUGGCUGGGCUGGCUGCUGCCCCGGCCCCAGCUCGGCCACUGGCUGCCAUGCUGUCCGUGGGCAUUACCCUGGCUUCCUUGGGCUCAGUCUUGCUGCUGGGUUUGCUGCUGUAUCAGGUGGGUGUGAGUGGACACUGCCCCCCGAUCUGUACAGCUGCACCCUCCACCCAAAACAGCCACGGUGGUAACAGCAGCAUCUUUAGCAUCUCAGGACAGUUGUCCUCUGGCCAGCGUCAUGAGACCACCUCCAGCAUUGCCAGCCUCAUCUGACAGAGAUGGAGCCCUUCUUCCCAUGACCUGACUCAGUGUCCCCGGAACUUGUGGCAGGCACAGGUUCAUGCAUGUAUGUGUGCCCCCCUGCCAUGGGAUUGCAUGGUAUGUGUUUAGGAGCAUGUGUGUACACACACAUCCACACCAUGAGGAGGUGAGUGAUGGAUGCCUCCUCGUGGCUGAAAUUUGUGUCCAUGGACUGUCAUGCUCUCUGCCUGGUUCUGGGGUCUCUAGGCACAUCUGGAAUUCCUGAAGACUUGACCUGUGUUUCCAAGACCUUACAACUCCAGCCUUGCCCUAUGACAUCAUCGAGGAUCUCCACAGAAGUGCUCGUUGCCUACCCAUGAAUACCCCCAGUGAAUGCUCUUUAGAAAGAGCAACUCUUGGCAAAGCAGAGGGAAAUGGCUUCCUGAUGAGAUGGACCUGGACCGGAAAUGCCUUUGAGCUUGUAACCUAGCAGCUGGGGCCUGGGUGAGGUGACUAUUAGCCUCUCUUGCUUCUGUUCUUAGAACAGUGUUACCACUGAUUUUUAGGAUUAAAUGCCAUUGUGAAUGACAUGUCUGGACUCCUGGAAAACGUGCAAUAAAAGGGUGACUACA